GCGAGUUCCCACUCUUUUCAACCUCUAGAUAUUGGAAUCAAAAAAGGACUCAAACGUCUUCUGUUCUUCACACGCGACAGAGCUGAGACCAAAAAUAGCCAAUACAAUAUUUCUGGAGAUUUAGAAGCCAUUCAUCUCUUGAAAUGUUGAAGUCAGCUUUAGCUUGUCAACCGUUGGCACACUAUUCCGAUUUCGAUACAACUUCAGAAAGUGGUCUCUCUGAUUUAUCUUAUGUUCAUCCUUACCGUCCAAAAAAAUGUCUGACAAAGAACAAAACAAUAAAAACUACUCCCGGUGAAAUUAGACUUGGAGCAAGAGCUAUGCGAAGAUAUGAAAAUGAAGUAUACUUGAAUACACUAGCUGUAAUUACGGAGACUGAUGGCGAUACUAUUGAUGAUUGGCCGGACAGUUUGAAUUAUUGCUCAGCAUUUACUAAAUUGUUUGAAGAUGAAAAUAUUCGGGAAGUAUGGGAGAAAUUUAUCCAACUCUCUGAAAGGGAACAAGAAAAGCUACUGAAAUCACUUCGUAUAGAAAGUGAAGAUGAUGAUUUUGACGAUGAUGAUGAUGAAGAAGCCGGUGGUAUUAGUGAUUACGAUGAAGUUGCAAAUGAUAUGGUCUGUACUUUUACACCACCUCAGACUUCUCCUAAACGCAGUACAAAGCAUCGUUGUCGACGGCAUAAACAUGCUUCACGUGGAAAAAAGAAUAAGAAUACUGUGAAUUUAUUGGAGGCUGAUCUUGCACUGAGUGAAUCUUCAAAAUCUGAAGAAGAUACUUACAAUUUAAACGCUAAUGCUCUUUCCGAUGAAUGUCGUCUAGAGAUUGAACAACAUAUUCCUACUCGUCUACUAUCAUUAUUAUCAAAUUCACCGAAUUCGCAUAAUUCAAAAACCAAUCGAAAACGUGUUAAACGUGCUCUUACUCCUAUUGAUAUUUGUUUAUUAAAAAGAGUAGAAUUAGAGUUAAGACAGCAUUUUUUUCAAAGAGAUCAAGUGAAUAAUAUUGCAAAACGUUGGACUCCAUCAUUAUCGUUAAUAUCAUCUCAGUCAAUAGAAUCUUCAAGUAACAGUAAUAAUAGCAACACUGGCAAUCGUGUAACACACUCUAAUUUCCUAUGCCUGGAUUCAUUUCAAAGAUUGUUAGUUCAUUCAAUAGCUACCUACCUGGGACUGAGUUCAUAUAGUACUUGGUCUAACUCAUUAGGUGAACGUCAAUUAUGGGUAGAACAAGUACCGGAACGGCAUUAUUGUCAACCGCCAAAACAACAUUUUGUUACGCUAAUUCAACACAAAGUAAUGCAAAAUUCAUCCUUAACUGCAAAUACUUCAUAGUUGGAUUUUGGUUUGUUUUCUUUUGUUGUGUGUGUGUGUGUUUGUG